AUGUCAGACUACAAAUCAGCCAAAGAGGCAUUCGUAUCCGACAAUCCAGGUUCAUCGAUAUUCACCAUCUUGGCUGUCAGUCUGGUAGCUUGGACCUCAUACGUUCUAUACGCAACUCUCUAUCCUCGUUUCCGACCAUCGUUCACAUUUGAUUACCUCACCUCCGCUCUUCCUCUUCUACUGGGAGUGACCAUAUUCGCUACUGUCCCUAUAACAUUCAACAUCUCCCUCAUCACUCUAUCCCUAAUAGCCUAUUCAUUAUCUCCUAAAUCACGUCGACGUAGUAUAAGUAAUAACAGUCAGAAAGGUCAAUCAAAGGGAUCAUGGUUAGAAGAAUCCGACUCAGAUGAAGAAAUAGCAGAACCUACUUCGACAACUACCUCAACACAGAAUACACCUAUCAAACUUCCUUCUCAAGUCGCUUUGGCCAGUGCACAUGAAUAUUCAACUUCUCCCAGUCCGUCAUUGAUCAGUUCCAAUCCUACGUCACCUUCAUCAACAUUAUCGGUCGAAGAUCCGUUCUCCAAAUUGCCCAAUACCAGUAAUGGAGUCAAUAAAAGGAGACUUAGUCCUCAACCUAGUCCUGAUAAUAUAACAGUCAAUAUCCUACCUACUCCACCAAGCGCAGAGACAGAUUCGCUCUCAAAUCCAUCUGGAUCAUCAAACUAUCCUACCAACGCCAAAUCAAGGAUACGAAACGUUUCUACUCCAAGUACGAUUCAAAUCACCGGUGACAAUGCAAAAACCAAAAGGAAAUUACCGUUUUUGAGUGUAUACAGAGCACAUAUGAUGAUUAUGACUGUUCAUUGUAUAUUAGCAGUUGAUUUUAAAGUUUCCCCAAGGUGGUUAGGUAAAUGUGAAGAUUUUGGGACUAGUUUGAUGGACGUAGGCGUAGGAUCAUUCGUUUUUUCCCUCGGUCUAAUCUCACUUAAAUCGCUCACCCCAAGCAGCAAUAACAAUGGUAAACCACCCAACUCACCAGGAAUGAAACUCAUACGUAAAGUCAAUUCCACCUUAUUUCAAGAAUUGUUCAAAGCAUUCAAGAAAACUUUACCUACUUUGAUAUUGGGUUUUAUAAGGUUGAUAAUGGUGAAAGGUGUAGAGUAUCCUGAACAUGUAACUGAAUAUGGAGUUCAUUGGAAUUUCUUUUUCACUAUUGGAUUAUUACCUAUUUUCGGGGUAUUGGUCAGACCUUUGAGAGGGUGGGUUAGAUGGAGUGUAUUGGGUAUUGGAAUAAGUUUGAUUCACCAAGUAAUCCUUACCAAAUUCUCACUCCAGUCAUUCCUUCUCUCCCCAUCCCGUCCAGGUCUACUAGGUCAAAACAAAGAAGGUCUAUCUUCUCUACCGGGAUACAUAUCGAUCUACCUCCUAGGUUUAUCCAUAGGUGAACAUAUCCAGAGACUCUCUGCCCCUCCUCCUUCUCUCACAGGAGUAACUGAGAAUGUCGAUGAUCAUAUCAAGAGACAUUACGAUAAGAGACGGACAGAGUUGAUCUUGGAGCUGUUCGGGUACGCUGUGGUCUAUUGGAUGAGUCUCUGUGGAUGGUUGUAUUUUGAUCUGGUGGGUGAUGGAGGUGUAUCAAGAAGAUUUGCGAAUACACCCUACGUCCUUUUCAUAGCAUCAUACAAUACCCUCUUCCUGCUCGGAUACUUACUUCUAGAGUCCACUUUCCCCGAUAUUCCCACCCCCGCAUUACUAGAAUCCAUCAACAGGAAUGGCCUGAUUAUCUUCCUAGUGGCUAAUUUAGGGACGGGCUUAGUUAAUAUCUGUAUAAAUAGUAUAUAUGCUGGGAGGUCUCUGUCAAUGUUGGUACUUGUCGGAUACAGUUUGGUCGUUUGUGGGGUAGCUUGGAUAUUGAGUGGGAAGAGGAUAAAGAUAUGA